CUAGUUUAAGAAUGCUAACUCCUUUUCUGCAUUCACCAGAAGCUCAUUCAGGACAGGAGCUCGGUCAGGGGGGCAGAAACUAGGAGCAAUAUGCAGAACGAUAAGGACGGGAGGAUGAUGACAAAACGCAAGACCAGAAGUUCUUCCAAAUUAAUGGAUCAAUCUCGAGGAAAGAAAGGUAGAACUGAAGAUGGUGUGAUCCAGAUUGAUGGUGAUUUGCAGGCAGAUUGGAAUGACUUAGUUUGGAAAGGCCGUGCCAGAUUUUCUUACUUACAAUUCGACAAGAAGGGUGAAACAAAGUUUACACUUCCAACAGUUCUCAAGUACACUAGAGAGGAAGUGAACCUUGCCCACUACAUAUUUGCGAAGGAUCUUCCACAAAAGGAAGUCCUGGUUGAAACCAUGAUGCAAUCCUAUACACGAAAGGUGUUGUGGUCCCUCUGCCCUAAGUCUAAUGUCGAUGAUGAUGUAAUUACAGCCAUGGCUUGCCAAUUGAGCCUGGAGGAAGUUUGGAGGAAUGUUGGGGAUGGAAGAGUAGUCUGUUAUCUGCCUGCUGAACUACAAGAAAUGGUAAUCAACUAUGGCAUGACAUCAAAAAAAGCUCUAGAGUGUUAUGGUGCAAAGUUCUUGGCAAGAGCUCACACGUGCAGAAAGGUGUGUCUGCCCAUGAAAGAUGCAAUGGACGGUGAUGCAGUUCACUGGUAUUUAGCUUUCAUUAUGCUGGACGACAAACAAGUCCAUCUAUUGGAUUCGUAUCCUUCUAAAAAGCGCCAAAGAUCUCGGAGAAACGCAGUAGUAACUAUGAUCGAAUUUCUUGAUGACUUGUUUGAGGAUCUUUAUCGGCAAGUGGAACCAACGCUUGAUCCACCUGUGCUGGAACAAUUUUCUUUGACAAUUCCUUCAAUUCCCGAACAACGUCACGAGUCUGAUAGUGGCGUUUGGGUGUGCUCAUGGAUGAUGGGUGCAUCUUGGGAUGCUUCUUAUAAUCUAUUGCCAUGCGGAGAUAUAAGGAGAAUGCAACUAGCUUUGUAUCUGGUCCAACACCCUACAAAUUACAUAAGACAUGUCGUCAUCGAGGAAGAAAAUAGUAAUGCAUCGAGAUUUGUUGCCCAGAGUCGUAGGUACAAGGAGGAAAGCCAAACGAGCGUAAUCCAGAACUAGAAGAUUCAUAGGGAGAUGGUGGUUCAUUUCUCCUGCAGUAGUAUAUUCUGGAUAUUUGGUUGAUUAGUUCUCAUGCCAGUACUCUAGUUUUGUUUCCCUUUUCAUUUUCGUUGAGAACCAAAACAAUACCCUUGAAUUGUUUGAAUUGUCUGCUUGUCUCUUUCCCUUUUCAUGUUCGUUGAGAACCAAAACAAUACACUUGUUAUUGGGUUAAAAUUUUGUUAUUGAAGCUAUUUGUUGGAUCCAACAUAUUUAUGUUUGCUCCGAUGAACGCAUAAUCUUCGGCGUCCUCCGGUGCCAAGAUAUGAGAUAUCCAAAGGCCAAAGCCAAAGCCAAGAAUUGGAGCGUUUUUUGGGCCGAAAUAAAGAUAACAAAAAACCCCACUGACCAGGAGAAAGGUCAAUAGUUUCUUGACGCGGAAACUGGUUCAGGUUUUUUGAGUUUAUCCGGUGUGGACUUAAGAGGGAAGAAAGUUCCAAGAUGAUGGUCGAGAAGGAAGUAAAGGAAAAAAAAUUUGGGUGAUGUGAUUCGAACCCAGAACCUCAUUUAACUACAAUAGCAAUUUUCCGCUGGGAAUGGGGGAGAAACACGCGACUAAAUUUCCAGGAAACUAGAUUUUGUUGUUUUGUAGGAGAAAUGAACCACGUUUUUUUUACUCAUAUUUCUUAUUUUUUGUUGUGACAACAAAAAACAUAAAAUGAAAUGGCAAGUGAAUGGGGCAUAAGGCUCAAGCCUAGGCGCCUUCUAUAAGCCUUAUCUCAGCUGAACAAGCAUCAGGAACAAAGCCACAAAAACGUGAACCAACAUUCGGAUUUAAGAAAAAAUAAAGGUAAACACCAAAACCAAUCUAAAAUGAAUUCAAUUGGGAUCAAAGUGAUAGUAAAACCGACCGACUACCAAUAAAACAAAAACAACUACUUUUCUAAAAUGAAUCAAAUAAACUCUUUUGGCAUUUUGAGCUGAUUUUCCCCUUGAAAUGUCUUUCAUAAACGGCCCUUGCUUCAUCAAUAAUUUGAGAGCGCCUUGUAUUUGAGAGAUCUUUGACUAAACUUAUGGCCAAGGAUAGUCGACCUCUAUUACUACAAACCUGCAGCAAAUUUAUGACAUUACUCUUAACAUGUUGAUUUCGAUUUGAUAGUGUAGAAUCUCACGUGGAUGGAAUCAUAUUUAGAAGGAAAGGAUUGUAUUAUACCGCCGUAUACGAAUUAUUAUCAGCCUCUCCGUGCAACAUCCACUGACAGACGUAAAACCCGCACUCAUAGCUACGUGGAAAAAUAGCAUUUAUUAUUGAAAAUAAGAUUGUGAAUCGAAAUGAAAUAAUCAAAAUACUCAAAGAAAUACUAACUCAUCAAUUUGUUUAGAAACGUAUGGAGGACUUAUGAUUUGGAACUUAUGCACUUUGGGCACUUCAUAGGUUGAUGGCUUGUCUGGAAAUUCUUGAAGCAUCUUGUAAAAGAAUUUCAACUGUAACAACAAACUUAACCAUGUAACUAUUACAGUACAAAAAUAUAAAAAAAAAUUGACUUACUAAAUGUACACGAAGGGAAUAGUUUGAUCACCCACCAUUCCUUGCACCCUUUUCCUACGAUUUUCCAGCAAACCCAAAUCACAACGCAAAGAGUCCACUACAUGCACUACCUUUCGGUCCAUGAAAACCACAAUAAGAAACCAAUGGCGGUUCUCAUCAUUCAUUGACAAAUAUAUCUGAAAUAAAUAAACAAGUAAAUGAUGACGAAAGAAUGAAUGGACUAUACAGUAAAGGGCAAAACAUUAA